AUGAGGCUGAUCCUGUGUCUUCUCCUGGUCGUCCUAGCUGUUUGUUGCUAUGAAGCUAAUGCCGCCCCAGUCUGUUAUGCAGUUAAGCGUGAAACUUUCACCUUCCUACUGAAGAGUGAAGCCGAACUGAAGAAAAACCUUGAGAACUACAAUGCACCUCCAGAGGCUGUUGAAGCAUUUUUGAAAGGGAAGAGAUGUGCAGACAGCACUAUGAGCUUCCUAGACAAAAAAAGUGUAGCAGGUGUAUUGAGUUCCCUGAGGUGA